GAGUGUGUGAAGGUAUGUUUAUGAUCCCCAAGCAAAAAGAUAGCGGAACUGUUAAUCAGUAUUAACGGACCUUUAUAAGCUCUCUAUUCAGAGAAAUUCUUUUUCCUCCUCUCCAAACAAGAUUUUCAGAGAGAAAAAUAGAAUUACUAUCAAUGGAAGACGACGAUAACACGACAACAAACUGUAAACGGAGUUCACCAACGGAAUCAUCGUCAUCUUCUACAUCACCGCUUUUUUCAAAGAAAAUCAAACUCGAUUCUCCUUUUCAAAAAUUUGAUUUAGCUUCUGUUAUAUCUGAUGAUUUUGACAUUCACCACCACCACCACCACCACUCGCUGUUCUCUGUUUCUCCGGCUACGUCUUCAAAUUCCGGCGGUUUUUCCACCACAGCUGCUUCUCGUAGCUCCAGUAGUGAUUCCACUGCUGCGCUUAAGGACACCUUGAAUUCUGUAGAUCCAGAGGUGAAGAGUUCUGUUGAAACCGAAAGCUCAUUAAGUUCCGCCAUUACCAACAAAUUCAGCAGAGAGACCACUUCAAGCGCGAUGGAAAACUCAAAGGCGACGACGGUGAAGAGUUCCCGGAAAAUCAGGUUACCGGCGGAGAAGAUACCGUGUCAGGUGGAGAUCGACGAGUUUUUCGCGGAGGCAGAGAAGAAAGAGCAAAAAAGAUUUGCAAGCAAGUACAAUUAUGAUAUAGCCAAGGACUCACCUCUCGAAGGUCGCUACCAGUGGGUUCGCUUGAAGCCGUAGCAAAUUUCUCGAGAGGUUUUAACUUUUACACGACUUACUUAGCAUGUGACUAUUUUUCUUCUUCAAUGGCUAAGGCGUUUUCAAAUGCCUCUGCAUCUAACAAAUGAGAGACUUUUGCAGUCGGAAAAAGAAUAUUAGCCUAAUUCAGAUGAUCAUGGUUUGUUUUGUUAUUGUACAGCUUUCUAGCUAGCUAGUUGUUUUUUUUGAAGUACUAGUACACUAUAAUUUUAAUUUAUAUGAGAUGGGUCUAAAGAAGUUUCUACAA